AUGGUGUGUAUUCGCAAAGCCACAUUAGAUGACCUCCUGGCUAUGCAAGCAUGCAACCUUUUUUGCCUACCAGAGAACUACCAGAUGAAAUACUACUUCUACCACAUCCUUUCAUGGCCACAACUCCUCUAUGUUGCUCAAGACUACAAUGGCAAAAUCGUUGGCUAUGUCUUGGCCAAAAUGGAGGAGGAGAGCUCGGAGUGUCACGGUCACAUCACCUCGCUUGCUGUUCUGAGGACCCAUCGGAAAUUGGGUAUUGCCACAAAGCUCAUGACUGCUGCUCAGAACGCCAUGGAACAGGUAUUUAGUGCGGAGUAUGUGUCACUGCACGUGAGGAAGAGUAACCGUGCAGCCUUUAAUUUAUAUACAGAGACGUUGGGCUACAAGAUUCAUGAUGUGGAGGCGAAGUAUUACGCCGAUGGAGAGGAUGCAUAUGAUAUGAGGAAGCAGUUGAAGGGUAAGAAGCAUCAGCCUCAUCAUCACCAUCACCACCAUCACCAUGGUGAUGGUUGUUGCCCUGGGGAGUUGAAGCCUGAGAUGAGAUCUGGGGCAGCUGGAGGGAAGGCAGAAGUGAGGUCUGGAACAGCAGAGGGAAAGACAGAGACUAGAACUGGGGUGGCAGAGUGA